CCGCUCGCGGCUUGCUGCUUGCUGCUUGCUGCUCGCUGCUCGAUUUGUGCAAUGCUGUAGAUCGCCACGAUGCAUUGGAGGGGAUGUCAAAGGUAGUGGAGCUCCUGAUCGAUCGGCGCCAAAGCCAUGAAUUUUCGCACGCGCGACCGAGAAUGUAGCCUCCCCGCUGCCGGAUUUCGUUAGAGAUGGAGGAAAUCGAGCACGUCGUGCAGGUUUUCCGGGGGAUGCACUUCAACGAGAGGGCGUUGGAGAGGAAGUAUGCGAUGGCCUUCACAGGGCCGAUCGAUCAGCUCUUUGACGACGAAAGCGUCAGGAUUGCUGCCGCCAGAGCGCUAGAGAACAACGGAGGGGAUUUGAGCGCAAUCGGAGACAAUGGCUACAGGGCCGUGAUACAUGAGCUCUUUCUUCUACAGAAGUGCGUCGAGAAGGAUCCCAUGCGUGUUGGUGUGCCGCGAGUAGAACUACCCAGCCCGCUAGCGAAGAAGGCGAAGGCUAAUGCUUGGAGUUCUAGCCGACCCAAGCCUGGACAGCUAUUGCUGGAAGCGGCUACUGAGAAGCUUGCGGCCACCGAGGACUCGAGAAUCUGCAGCAAUGUUUGUGACGAGAACUUUGCGUCCACUUCCGGCCGAGACGAGGAACUUCCGGAGUUCCCUCCUGGCUUUGAAGAUUUUGGAAAGGUAAUGCUGCUGCCAGUUCGUCAAGCUUAUGACUGGGGGAUUGUCGUCCAAGGCUGUGAGCUCUCGGAGUUGAAGGGGCUGCUCCAUAGCAGAUUGGAGAUCGUUCCAGCGCCGGCCGAUGAACUCGCCAUUGUUUCGUGCGAGGACAGUGGUGGAGUUUUCAAGUUUGUGUCGGGCGUGGUGGCGGAGAUGUUUUAUGAGGCUUGCGUGACGAGUCCACCUGUGGUACAAGGGAGGGAGCUUUCCGUUCAGAGGCUGUACGCGCCGGCUGAGAUUCCUUCCGUGGACUUCGCGUGGCGAUCCUCGUCAACUUUGGUUUACUUUCGGGGAGACGGGGCCCGGAGCAGCCUCAAGCAGCACUUUGAGAAAGUUUUGCCGGAAAAAAACGUUGGAGAGGUGGUCCGAUCGAUGCAUAUCUUUCCGGAGGGAUUUGACGCACUGGUGGAGCUGGAGUCGGACCUGGUAGCGGAUCUAUUCUUUUACCGGUGCGGCAAGAACAGGUGCUUGGAAUGGGAUUUCCUGGUCUGUCGUAGCAAGGUCAUGCCACCGGACGACGAAGUGGAGCCCUUCAUCGACGUAGUGUCCAUACCUGACUUGAACUGGCCGAUCAAGAGCAUCAACCAGGCAGCGGACAGCAACAAGGUGCCACAGCCGGCAUCCAAGAGGCUUGAGAUUCGGCUUCUUCCCGAUAGUGUCCAGGCCGUCAAGGCGAAAGAUACUCAGGCUGCGGGUGAAACACAGUUGCCGGUCAGCGAUUAUGAUACUCGGGCGCUCCGAGGCGAUGGCAACUUGAAGACUGGCACUACUAAGGCUCCCCGUCCGACGAAAGGAAAAGAGAUUCCGUUUCAACUUCGACUCAUGCCUGCGAGCAAAAAGCUGGUGGUUCUCGAGGAUGAUAGAGCUUGUCUUGCAACGUUUUUCGAGACCCUUCUCCUGCGGAGAAAACCGGACGAGUGCUGUCAAGUCUGCAGUCCUCGGCCCAACAUGUCGAUCGUCAAGUGCAGCUCCGAAGCUGCGGCGGACGCCAUCAUGGAUGCGUACGUCGAAGAGCCGCAGAAGUUUAUCGUCGACGGCCAACCGCUUCAGGUCCUCCGAGACAGGUCUUACCAUCGUCCCGGCGCGGUCAACAAAAUGUAUACCGUGGAGGACGAGGACCCAGGUGAAGUCAGCGUCUCGGGCCUUCCGGAUCUCCCACCGCAGUUACUCAAGGCGGCUCUUCGCGAGCUCCUGGACAGGACGUUCGCGUCGGACUCAUCCGUCAAAGAGCACGGAAACGGGCUGUUCAAGGAGUACCAUCAGAAACACGGCCUUCGAGCAUCACGGCCCCAAGAGAGCACCGGAGCGAGGCUGGAGCCACAAACUUGA